AUGACAAAACACAGCACUCUUUUUGAACCUCCGCCACAGGACGAGUCCAGAGCUCUAAUCGAGAAUGUGCUCGACUUGACUCCGGUGGUGGACCUCGGCCCCGAUGUCUUCACGAACACUCGCCCACUAUGGCAUCCUCCCGGGGCUCGAGGAAUCUACGGUGGCGCCGCUAUCGCCCAGUCCCUUUCCGCGGCGAUGCGCACCGUCCCCGCCGACUUUGCCGUCCACAGCAUGCACUGUUACUUUGUCCUCGCCGGUGACUCUGAACUACCCAUCCUAUACCAUGUCGAACGUGUGCGCGACGGACGGAGCUUCAUCACCCGAACCGUACAAGCCCGGCAACGGGGCCGUCCAAUCUUCACAACCACACUCAGUUUCAGCCGAGUGGGCAGCGGCGGCGAGAAAACAUUGAACCAUUCGACUCCAAUGCCUGAUGUCUCACUCCCGGCGGAUGCAUUACCGGGAACCGUCCAGGCUCUUAGCGACGCCGGAGGUGGUCCAUUCGAGUCAAAGAAAGCGGGUAUCAUCAACCGCACUCAGAACCCCGAAGAUAAGAGAGUACGGCGAUUUGUCCGGGCUCGUAGCCGUAUCUCCGAUGAAGGAGGUUUCCAGGCCCACUUAUCCGCUCUGGCGUAUAUCACCGACAGUUUCUUCAUCGGAACGGUCUCUCGUGUCCAUGAUAUCCCUCGCUUCUCAUCCCCAGCCGACCUCGAAAAGCUUCUUAAGGCACUUAAAAACCCAUCCGAUUUGGACGAUGAAGAUAUUACAAAGGCCUUCAAGGAGUUGAAAGAGGAAGAAGCGGCAGAUCUACGACGUCAACUCGAAGGAGCCUUAAGUAACGCCAGUAAAGAGGACCAUAAAGAAGUAGGCAUGAUGGUCAGUCUUGAUCAUUCAAUCUACUUCCAUAAUCCCCGAGCUUUCCGCGCCGACGAGUGGAUGUUCCAUGAAACAGAGAGCCCAUGGGCCGGAGAGGGACGUGGUUUGGCGAUUCAGAAGUUCUGGUCGCAAAACGGGACAUUGAUUGCCACAUGUACCCAAGAGGUAUGUACUCGUCUCCCCCUCCGUCGAAUUAACUUGUACUAA